GGGUUUUCUGACCCCAGACUCGACGUAGGGAUUAUGGGGGUGUAGGGGUGCCGACCUCGUCCCAGACUAUUGGGCAUUGGCGGCGAGUCCGCGGACACUGCGCAUGCGCGAUCCGGAAGCUGCCGCCCGCGGCGGAAGGGGCCGACCCGGGAGACUGAGGACUUAGAUUGCUUAAGGACACCAGGCGGGCGCGACGACCUUCAGCCUCUCUCUCUGCAGCUUUGGCCCGUUCCUUUAACUUUUGUUCACUUGGGGCCGUUUGGCGUUUCCACGUGCCUUGGGCCCGCCCACUGCAGCCGCCAUCUUGGAAACGGCCGCUGGCGCCUAGCUGAGCUGGUAGGACUUCCGGGUCGGGCUUCCAGUUGCCCGGGUAACGGGAGCACAGUCUCGCUGGUGAGUUACUUAGCCUUUCAUUCAUCAGCGUAAAAAGAACUGAGUUCAGGUCGCAGGUCUCCUCCAGGGCGGACAUUAUCGUGUGCGCUGUAGUAACCUCUCAUCGUGUGGAGUCGUUCACUUAGCGCGUAUUGCUCCGGCGCCCUGCGUAACGCUAAGAUGCCUGAGGCCUGGGGUCCGAUGCCCGCCUGGCUGUACUGUGGCGGCGGGAGCGGUGUGUGUGGGACCGUAGGGCGGCCUCACGGCUAGAGUUUCAGGACUGUGGGGUGCCUGUGUCUGUGGCGGUCGCCGGUGUCCUCGUGGUCCUCAGCAGGGUGCGGGUGGACAGCUCGUGCGAGGGCCCGGGAGUCUUGGAAACACUUUCCGGCGCGGUCUCUGGACUGAGCGCUGGGACCCGGACCGAACCAGCCGCGCUUGCCUCUGGAGCUGGACUAGCCGACUUUCGUUAGAUUGAGCAUUUCCACAGAAAUUACAGUUUUAUCCUUUUUGAAAAAAUAGAAUUGUGUUUCAGAAAGAAGAAACUACAGUUUUAGCAUGCAGAAAGGAAAAGGGAGAACAAGCCGGAUCAGAAGACGAAAACUUUGCAGAAGUUCUGAACCAAGAGGAGUGAAUGAGAGCCACAAGUCUGAAUUUAUAGAGCUAAGGAAGUGGCUGAAAGCUAGGAAGUUUCAAGAUUCAAACUUAGCGCCUGCUUGUUUUCCAGGUACAGGAAGAGGGCUGAUGAGCCAAACAUCCUUGCAGGAGGGACAGAUGAUUAUUUCGUUGCCUGAGAGUUGCCUGCUCACCACGGACACAGUGAUUCGAAGCUACUUAGGGGCAUACAUUACUAAGUGGAAGCCGCCUCCGUCUCCUCUGCUGGCGCUGUGUACCUUUUUAGUUUCAGAGAAGCAUGCUGGGGACCGAUCUCUUUGGAAGCCUUACCUGGAGAUUUUACCCAAGGCCUAUACCUGCCCUGUUUGUUUGGAGCCGGAAGUGGUGAACCUUCUUCCCAAAUCUUUAAAAGCAAAGGCUGAAGAGCAGAGAGCCCAUGUGCAGGAGUUCUUUGCUUCCUCCAGAGACUUUUUCUCUUCUCUGCAGCCUCUGUUUGUGGAGGCUGUUGACAGCAUCUUCAGCUACAGUGCCCUGCUGUGGGCUUGGUGCACCGUCAACACCAGAGCCGUGUACCUGAGGCCCAGGCAGCGGGAAUGCCUUUCUGCAGAGCCGGACACCUGUGCGCUCGCUCCAUACCUGGACCUGCUGAAUCAUAGCCCACGUGUCCAGGUAAAAGCAGCAUUUAAUGAAGAAACUCACUCUUACGAAAUUAGAACGACUUCACGUUGGAGAAAGCAUGAAGAGGUAUUCAUCUGUUACGGCCCUCACGAUAAUCAGCGGCUGUUCCUGGAAUAUGGAUUUGUUUCCGUCCAUAAUCCUCAUGCUUGUGUUUAUGUCUCCAGAGGUGGGAAUCAACUUUGUUCUUAACAUAAACACUGUAUAAUUUUUUUUCCCAGUUGGAGAUGUGUAUUUUCAGUUUUAAUAAAAAUAUCAAAACC